UAUCGCGAAGAUGAAAGUUGGCGUUUGCUGCACGAUAAUGCGCCGUCUCAUCGAUCGACGCUUGUGACCAUUGACCACUCCCCGUAUUCACCUGAUAUGGCCGUGCGACUUCUUCCUUUUCGGAAAAAUGCAUUUGCCCAAGAAAGAAAAGCGUUAUGUAGACGUAGAGGUCAUUCAAAAGGCUUGCACCGGCCUGCUGGCGGUCAUAUCGGUCAACGAGCUAAAACACUCGUUCGACAUGCUUUUGGACCGUGCAAAAAGCUGUAUUGAAGCAGAAGAAUACUAUUUUUUUAAUAAAAUCAAUUGAUUUUGCCGAAAAAACCAUUUGUUCUCUUUUUUUUUAAGUCCUGUUUACUUUGGAAUGCAUCUUGUACAUGUCUGUUUGUAUCAACGCGAAGUUCUGGCAUGAGAAAGUACGGUUCAAAUAUUUUGAAAGAAGGGAACGUCUUACAAAUCCACUGUCAUAAUCUAAAAAACAUAUAUACUCGUAAAUCCAUUGUUCACUCAUGUUUCAAUGAACUUUUGAUUACAUUCAUACCGUUUCGUAAGUUCGUAUAUUCGUACGUUCAUGGCAAAAUCUAGAGGUUCAUUCAACUUAUGAAUGAAUAAAUUUCAAAUUGUGCUUGCCAAGUACUGAGCGCCUGGUAAUAAAACUUAAAUAUGAACGCGCCUUUGUAUUACGAUAUAAUUAGAUUUUGUGCUUCUUGGCUUCUUCUUUUUAUUAUUUUUUUUGCCUCGAAAAAGUGAAAGCAGAAGAGAUAAUUAAACGAAACCGAAAAAAACUCAAUAUUUUGGUGGAGGGGUAUUUUUUCUCCAUCUUUAUAUCUCUAUAUAAGUACAAUAAAAAUAUCGUAGUUAAGUGAGUUGUUUCUUAAACUUUCAAUAACGGUAAUUUUAGUGCCGCCAUGCACUAUUUGAAGCCUUUUGGUCGACUAUUUUUUGCAGUUAUCGACCUAAAUUAACAGGUCAGGAAUACAUCGAUGAACUAAAGUAGCGAUACAGCAAUCUCACAAGACUUCAUAAAUGCAGUAUAGAAAGUAGUUUCGAUAUUGGUUUUCACUCAGGAGUGAAUUUCAUAAAAAUCAGUUACUGUAUAAAAAAAUCCUGGGGCAGGAUUGUCAGACGUCACUCCGUGAUUCUUUGGCUAUCAUUCUUGAAAACUCUUUUUAUAAAAAAGUGGCGCAGGCGUGCGAAAAAAGGACAAAUUUGAUAUCGAUUAUGUAAUGUAUCAAUAUCCCAUUAUUUAUAGAUUGCCACUACGCUUACAACUUUUAUCAAUACAAUCAAAAUCGAAAUUCGAAAAAUUCAACAUUUGGUUUUUAUUUUUUUUUCACAAAUUAUGACAUAUAAAAAAUAGAAGCCGAAAAUAAUUAACGUAUUUUUGUUAAACAUAUUUUUUACUGCUUUUUUAUCAUUUUUUUUAUAUUUCUUAUACGCGUCCCCAUUUGGAAGGAUUCAAACUUCCGGCUGAUUCGAUCUGCAGUCUAAAUUCUGAUAUAAUUUCUUUUGGUUGCUCCAAACGGCAGGGAAAUGCAAAAGAGAAGCUUGGGUAGUCAACCAAGCUUGGUCAGUCAACCAAUCACAGUCACAAGUAAUACGGACAAUAACGCUGGACUAUCCGAAACAUACUUAAAAUGUAUGCAGGAGAGUACCGUAGGCGUUUUUCCCGAAGACAAGGGUGCAAUGAAUGCUUAUGAAGUAUAUAAAAGUUCUCCGGAGACGAGGUUAAUGAAAAGUGAGGCUGACAAAAGGAUAUAUGCUGACGCGCUUAUACAUCCGCCUGGCUUCGCACCUUUAUGGUAUUUAUGUGGAAAAGUUUUAUCGCAAAUGUAUGAGCCGAAUGAACUGAUUGAUUUAGUUAAAAAUGAUCCGAUUAUAAUGAGAAGCUACUAUGAAACGCUGAGCCUUGAUCUACCUUUGGAGAAAUGUUACUAUAUAGAUGAUGAGAGCUAUUGGAAACGUUAUGUUUUGACACGUCACAACGAUCCGGGUUUGCAAGUUAAGAAAAUCGAUUGGAAAAAUAAGGGAAUCACAAUGAAAUUUGAAAAAUACCUGCAACAAUUAAGUGUUGGUGGUUUUGAUGAAGUCGAGAUGGAGAGUUUAUCAGAUAAAAUCAAAUUUUACGUAACCGAUUUACAUAUUGAACGUUUGCGUUCGAUAGAUGAGCGCACCCUACUCAAACAUGUGAGACGCGAUGACAUAUGUUCCUCAUCGGGCUCAUCGACAACUAUUCCCAGUAGUGAUGUUGGCGCGGAAGAACAGCUCGAAGCGGAAGAGGAAGAUACUGCAAGCAGAAGUGGGGGAAGUAGGAAUAGCAGCAUGCGAAGCUCACAAUCUGGUUCAAAUAAACAUGUUACGUUGAUUCCAAUAGUUAGCCAACCAAUGCAUACUAUCAGGGGAUUGUCAAGUAUAACAAGUGUCUACUCGACGUGGAAUUACAAUUCGAGAUCAAUUACUAGUUUGUGGUAUGACGGUGACGAUACCGAGUUUGAAGAUAAAUUAAUAAGGAAGGAAAAGAGAACGGCACAACGUUUAAGGCGACAAAAGCGGGCCGAGUGUAAAGAAGGCAAACGAAUCGCGGAAGAGCGGACGAAGGUUGAAGCCGAGGCAGCUGCUAAAGCGGCCGAAGAGAAGGAAGCAAAGGAAAGAUUGGCUAAAAGAAGAGCGGCAAGGCAAAAGAAGAAAGGUGAUGAUGAAAUGAUCAGUGUAUUUGAUAUGAAAGUUGAGCCGCCAGAAGAGGAAGAAGACAUUAUUGCUUUGAACGCACUAAAUAAAGAUAAAAUUAGGCAACUCCAAGUAGCAAUGAGGGACCCAGCGAUUGCAGAUUAUUGCCAUCAUGUAGAUUUGCGUCUAUUGAAGUAUUUUCCAUACUUGAAUACCUUGCGCAUUGAGUUCAAUGGUCCACCGCCACCAGCCAAAUAUGAGAAUUGGCAUUAUCAUAUCAGUACUCGUGACAUCGAACGAUUGGCCGAGGGCCUAAGAAGUCUAGGUGGUCUGCAAGUCUUUAGGCUACGCAAUAGUCGUUUGAAUGCACAUAAGCUAUUCUUACUCACGAGGAGUCUGAAGACAAUUCACUCCUUGAAAAUCGUUGAUUUCAGCUACGAUAAUUUAAAGGAUGAUUGCGGUGAGGGUCUUCAUGAACUCUUCCAAAGAACUACCUCAAUUGUAUCGCUCGAUCUAACCGGUAAUGAGCUCGGCGCUGAAGCGAUUUGUGAUUUGGCGAGGGCACUCGGCGGUUACGAUGGUUGCUGUCAGUAUUUGAGUUUGGCUCACAGCACUUUAAAUACUGACGCGUUGAAUCUGUUCUGCUUGCAUAUUGCCAAUACUGACCAGGUGCGAGAAUUAUGCUUGCGUGGCGCAAUAAUCUCCCAAGAGGGGAUCAAAAAUUGUAUUGCCCAGCAACUGAUACCAUAUCAUAGAGUGUUGCGGGCCAUUGAUAUGUCGGGAGUUAUAAUCGACACCGAUGUUGCAUGUGAAAUACUAAAGUCAUUUAGGAAUAACUAUAAAAUACGGAGAUUUGAUGUACGCGGUUGUGACUUACCUGCCGAAUUGGAGGUCGACUUCGAAAUUCUGGUUAAUCGAAAUAAAUUCCUCUUUAUUUAUCCAGCUAUUGGUGAUACCAGGAUAUCUAUUACAGAUAUUGAUCAAUCUCUUAAAAAAACAAGAAACAAAAUCCUUUUACGCGCAAUAGAAGCGGUAGAAGCGAGAGACGAGUGCUUGAAGCUGCGCCCGAAUUUAUUCCAUCGCGGUAGUGAAGCACCAAGUUCUAUAUUUGAUUUCCAUCUAGAACAGCUAAACGACGAAGAAAAAGAUGAAGAAGAAGGAGGCGCCGAAGCAGAAUUAUACGAAGAAGAGAGCUUAAGUUCGACUACGAAAUUUCAUACCGAAGAUCCAAAUAAGUUUAACAAGCAUGAAAUAAUGUCACGCUUUUGGUAUUUUGACAUACCAAGAGGACCACAUCCAAAUUAUUAACGGAAAAAAUAUGAUUAUUUUAGAGUGACAGAAGUAUAAAUACAAUUUGUCACGUAUUUUUAAUAAGUCUGGGAAAAAAUUAAAAUGAUACAAUAUAAUUUGGACUACAAAACUAAAAAUUCCUUUUCUUUCAAGAUAAAGCACCAAUGAAUAGUAAAAAAAGUUCGUACCCUAAAAUAGUUAACAUCCGAUUCUGUUUUAUCAAGCCUUUAGACCAACUAUGAGGUUGGCUCUGACGAUUAUGUAUAUUUUGUACCAAAAAUAUCCAGA